UCUGUUUUGGAAUUUAUUUUAUGAAUUAUGGUUUCUCUCCUACCGUACUGAUUCGCCAUCUUUUCUCGGUUUAGAGAUUUCACCUUCCCUUCAUUUAACGCUUUCCUCUCUUUUUUCCCUCGUGAAAAUCUCGUCUUCUUCAUCAGAUUCAAACUGAACAAAAAAAAAAAAAAAUCAGAACUUUGAGUUUUUGCAAGAACACGAAGAAGAAGAAGAAAUAUGCAGAGCAGCUUCAAGGCGACUCCUUUCAGCCCAGAUUUCUACUGCCAGUCUUCUUUCUUCUACAGGGGAAGCGGUGGUCUUGAAGAGAUUCAUCAGCCCACUGCCGGUUUUCACCACGACGGAGCUGUUGAUUUAAGCCCAAUAGGCUCCAUUUUCGGUUCAGCACCUGCAGAUGUCACUGUUGCUUGCACCAACUUACACUACGCGACGUUUGAUACGGUUUUGGAGAGAUUUGAAGGAGAAGCAGGGUGUUUGGAUACAGGGCAAUUGGUGUUCCAGGGAGGGACAACGACAGGAGCAGUGGCAGCGGCAGCGGCAGCGUCGGUCAAUGGGCAUUGCGGCAACACUAUGGAGAACUGGUGCGACUCAGUCUCGGCCAUGGCAGAUAACAGCCAACAUACUGACACUUCCACAGAUAUUGAUACCGAUGACAAGACCCAGUUAAACGGGGUUCAGCAAGGGACACUAUUCGCUACGGCUUCUACAGAUCAACAUAAGGCUAAAUCUGGGGACCAAAAGACCCUUCGGAGAUUGGCUCAGAACAGAGAAGCUGCAAGGAAAAGCCGGCUGAGGAAAAAAGCAUAUGUUCAGCAGCUUGAGAGCAGUAGACUCAGGCUUGCCCAACUCGAGGAGGAGCUCAAAAGGGCUCGACAACAGGGAUUUGUAGUUGAAAACGGAGUUUCGGAAGAUCACACCCUUCAAGUUUCUGGAAAUGGUACCUUUGCAUUCGAAUUGGAAUAUGCACGUUGGGUGGAUGAACAUCAGAGGCUGAUCAACGAUCUACGAUCAGCUGUGAAUCUACAGAUGGGAGAUAACGAGCUACGAGUACUGGUGGAUGCUGUGAUGGCUCACUACGACGAAAUCUUCAGGUUAAAGGGCAUUGGCUCUAAAGUCGACGUCUUUCACAUGCUCUCUGGCAUGUGGACCACACCUGCCGAGAGAUUUUUCAUGUGGUUAGGUGGGUUCAGAUCCUCUGAACUCCUCAGGAUUCUAGGGAACAACCUGGAUCCAUUGACGGAACAGCAGUUGACGGGCAUUUGUAAUCUUCAGCAGUCGUCUUUGCAAGCGGAAGAAGCACUGUCGCAAGGCAUGGAAGCUCUGCAACAAACGCUUCUCGAGACAUUAUCGUCUUCUUCGUCGUCGAACGGUCUGAACUCUCCCGCCAACGUUGCAGAUUACAUGGGUCAGAUGGCCAUUGCAAUGGGCAGACUCGCCUCCCUCGAAAACUUCCUCCGCCAGGCGGAUCUCUUGAGGCAGCAAACACUACAGCAGUUAUACAGGAUUCUGACCACACGACAAGCAGCUCGAGCAUUUUUGGUAAUACAUGACUAUGUUUCUCGUCUAAGGGCACUUAGCUCUCUCUGGUUAGCCAGGCCGAAGUGUUAGAGAGAUAAAACGAGGAAAACGGUUACUUGGGACACAAGAAAUGACGUGGCGGUGAAUAGAUGUUUUAUUUGGAGCAGUUAGAUAUGAACUGAGACUUAGAUUUCAUUCUCUGUAGGAUUAGAUCGACGUUUGUACAAAUUCGUUUGGGUCAUUAUGUCUGCCCUUGAACUCUUAACUGGUCGUGAACUUUAUGCAACUAUUCAUUCGGAAUCUUGUUUCAUUUUUUU